AUGCUUAAAAGGGCUGAUCCGAUACGAAUGUUGGAAACGUCUUCAUCACUGACGUCAAUGUAUGUGGGUGGCACUGGCAUCUGGUGGAGAUCUGGUAUAAUUGCCUCAAUAUCCCAAAUGGAGCAAGGAGAGCAAGAAGCGGCUAUGGAAACCCUAAACAUCGCUAUCACAACCCUAGCUGUCUUCGAUACAGCGCAAGCUACUGUAUCUCCCAUUGCAUCUGAACUCAUUAAUCAGUUAGUAAAACACAAAGGAAAAUUCCCUCAGACAAUUAGUGAACUGAAAAAGUAUAACGAAGCACUGACUAAGCGUGUGGUCAAUGCUAAUGCAGAUGAUGUCGAUGACAUUAUUGACAACGCCAAAACUUUGAAGAAACGCAUAGGAGAAUUUUUCGAUAGUGAAGUUACAGUAUUCAUGAAGAAUACCCAAGGGUAUGAUGAUCUCGUGACCAGUCUAAAAAAUGCCAAGAAGUGGGCGAGGGGUUUGACCUGGUUUGACACCAUAAGUGGGCCAUUCUUUGACGCCGCCAAUGUAGCAUUUUGUGGAUGGCAGUUGUAUAAUGCAAUACAUGAUGAAAAUUCUUCACCUGAGGAGAGGUCUUUGAAUAUUGCAAGUGCAUCACUCGGAGUUGCCAGCGGAGCAGUUGGAGUGACAGCGUUCGUUGUAGGAGCUUUAGCAACAGCUGGAAGUACCCUGGCUGCUGCAGCAGGUCCUAUAGGUGCAAUUAUAGGGUGCAUGCUUUCGCUUGCGUCAAUAAUCAUCGAUUUAAUUAAUUCUGAAAAUCCGUAUGGUACCAUUAAGAAUCAUCUCGAGACCAUACAGAAGCUGAAAGAAGGUUCUUUGAAGUAUCUUCAAAAUCAAGUGAACAUAACUCACCAAGUCACUCCCGUGUUCAAAUAUAACACUGGCUUUGACACCAUUUACGAAAUCAACCAGGGAAAUUUAAUACAAGGCAUGCGUGGAGAGUCCGUUGAACAUAUAUCAGGUGUUGAUGAUGAUCCAAAUAUCAUCUUUGACGGGAAAAUAAGUCCAGGUCGAGAGAAUGGCUAUCUGACAAAGGGAAAGAAAAGGAUUUUUGACAAGUCAAAAUAUCCUCAAAACUUAUUUUUCCAACCACAAGGUCUAGUACCGCUGGGGUAUGACUUCUAUGGAAACGUAACAAAACCCAAUAGAAAAGGAAUGACGGUCGUGGCUAACACGGCCAUGGUCGCCGAGCAUUUUUGGAUCAGAGGAGUUCACAUUGACACUCAAGUAGAAAACAACGAGGAAACAAAAUGCCCAGUUAAUGUUGUGAUUGGGGAAAUGACAGGCCUGGCAAAG